AGAAAUCUCAACUUGCGACUAUUGGGAAAAUACGGGUGUUGUUUGGGAGAAAAUGGUUGUUUUUGCCGAAUUGACCAUCAGCCUGUUGGCGUUGUUGGCAACAUAUACGUGUUAUUUACAUUCGAUCUGGAGGUGCGAGUUCGUUGAUAAUAAACUCACGCUUUAAUUAGACAGUAGGGAGUCGGUGUUAGCUUUAUCUGCGUUUAUUGUUAACCAGCCUUCUAAAGUUCAAAUCCGAGAUUCCACCCCCGUUUUAUAAAGUGGUCAAUGGAAAUACAGGAACAAGUACAAGCAUACACAGCUUGGGUUAACAGCCAGUUGAAGAAGAGAGGGAAAAAUAUUGUUAACCUUGGUGAAGAUUUGAAAGAUGGGGUGGCUUUGGUUGCGGUUGUGGAAAUAGUUUCCGGCCAUACAUUGGGGGGGAUUAAACCAACAUGCGAGAACGAAAAGCGAGAAAAUGUUUUAAAAGUUUUGCAGUUUAUGAGAAAUGCUGGGAUUAAACUACAUCAUGUUUCAGUUGACGAGAUAACGAGCGGUAAUGUUAAAACCAUCAUGCAACUUAUAUUAGCGCUUGCUGCCCAUUUUAAACCAGCCAGUAUUGGUGGAAGAAAAGUUGAAUCGCCUCGCCAACGUAAUGAAGUUUCAUUGAGGAUCAAACAAAGAUGGAGGGAUAGCAGGGUGAAAGAAUCUAUCGGGAAACCUGGCAUGGAAUCGUCCAUGCAAGCCGAUGUAGAGAAAGAACUUGCCGCGAUUCGUGAUAUAACUCAAUGUCUACAGAAAGUGCUACUCGAAGAAAUACCUGGCCAACCACUUGAGGGACAUGACGCAGAUGAGCAAAGUGUGAUCAUUCAAGCGCGACUCGAUCAAGCUAUUGUGGAUAAAGUAAACUUGGAGGAGGAAAACCACAUCGCACGACAAGAAAAUCGCAAACUAACAUCGGAGAAGUCGGCGCUUGAACAAAGAUUCCUCCAACAAGAAGAAGAACUUUUAUCGAUCCGACAACAACUGUUGCAAAGCAAUCUAUCGAGGGAUAAACUACAAUCCGAGAAGGCUGAAUUAAUAGCGGAACUCACGGAAACCCGACGUAACCAAGAUGAACUUCGAACAAAAUGUCGCGACCACGAGCGAACCUUGGAACGAAUGGAGAACGAAGCGAUUCAGAACAAAAUAAACCACUCACGAGAAAUACGAAAGUUGGACAAAGAAAUUCACUUGGCACGUCAGGAAUCAUAUAAUGGUCAAAUCAACGACAGUGUGUUCCAUGACAAACCAUUCAUCGGUUCCCCAAAUGGGAAAUCCCCUGGUUCCCCCUUUCUCAAUAGAUCGAAAGGGUCCCCAUUAUUAGGGAGAUCCCCCACCCCCAAUACUCCGGGUUCACCAAUAUUAUCACGAAGGUCGCCUUUAUCACGAAAUCAUCCAUCACGCAGAAGGAAAACCAUGGAGAACCACGUGACCCGCGUUCUUUACUUCACGGAUAGAGACAUGACGCCGUGUAUGACGUCAAUAUCGAAACGAGUCGGUGAUAUAACGCUGGGCGAAUUCAAGACGGUGAUAAAGAAGGAAGGAAAUUAUCGGUUUAUUUUCAAAGCUCUUGAUCCAGAACUUGGUACAGUGAAGGAAGAGGUGUUUCACGAUGAUGACGUCAUCCCGGGAUGGGAGGGGAAGAUUGUGGCAUGGGUUGAGGAGGUUUUGCGGGUGUGAUGACGUAAAACAUAUGUCAUAGUUUUUCUUCCAAGUCUUCCUGGGUGCUAAAUUGUUUCAGCCACGUCACCUCAACGGAUUUUAACGAAUUAUGACGUCACCGUGACGUCAUCACUGUGCGAUCGGUGCAAUUGUGUAUAAAGUGCACUUAUCGUUGUUGCCAUAGUUCUUCAAUAAAAAAAACGUUUUAAUCAUA